AUGAGUACUGAAAAAACGUUUGAAAUUUUCUACCCUAUGAAGGCUUCUCCUGUGAAGCGGAAAACAAGCCAUUUUACACAUACACUUAACCCUCCACUCCGCACAGGCUUCGUUGACUAUCAAAAUCCAAAGAAAUAUGCAUCUUCACCCGAACCAAGAAUUAGAAGCGAAACUAAAGAUUUUUCUUACAGUUCUGAAAAUAAAAUCAAGAAACCACGAAAAUUGUAUCGUCAAAACAUUCAAUCGCCUCCAGAAGAAAAUCCAAAUUUAUUUAAACCAUCCAAAACUCCAAAUUUCUUUAUAAAAACACGUGACCCUCCCGAAUUUCAAGAUUUUACAGAUGUGUGGGGUGAGUAUUUAGAACUUAGACACCUUAAACGUAUUGAAAAUACAAUUUAUUGGAAAGUUUAUUUCAAAAAAUGGAAAUCUCGAUACUCUCAACAAUUUGUUCAACGAAUUAAACAGACUUCUACAUAUUCCAAUAACUCAAGCAGAAAAGACAAAGAUGAAAUCAAUGUUAAUCCUUAUAGAGAGAUUGACACAAUAGAUCUUAUUGAACGCGCAAGAAGAACGAUUGAUGAGAUGACUUCUUCAUCAUCUUGGGUUCAAAAUGCAGCAACAUCUGUUUCAAUUAUUCAAUCACGUAAAUCCUCAUAUCAAAAUAAUUAUUCUUACAGAAAUGAAUCAAUUCAUAUCGGACAAUCAUCUCUUUAUCCUGAUCAACCGAAAUCUCCUCCAGUUUCAUAUCCAAAUGAACAUUAUAUUAUUCCUGUCGACAAACCAAGUCGCAAUCCAAAUAGAUCACUUGCAGACUCUUUCUCAACUCUAGAAGAUGAGUCAGAUGAUCCAAAUAAGGGCCAUUAUAGGUUUAAUUCGAGCGAAGAACCAAAAUUUAGCGAAAUCAGUGAUGAUCUUAGCAAUGAUUCAUAUUCAAAUUAA